CCGGAGCUGUUCAUUGACCGUCUCUCUCGCUCUUUGCUUUCUACUCGACAUCCGAGGACGAACAGAGAGCUGGUUUAUCUUUCAUCGCGGGCCAAAACAGACUUCCUGAGGCAGCAACUCCUUCUUCCCGCUCGUGCAAUGCGCUUCACGGCAUAGCCGAGUGGAAGGUCGCUGAAUCCCCGCAUCGUUUGAACUCUCGGUCCCACUUUCGGCCGCCAUGUCUGAAGAAAGCGAGCCGAAGCACUUCCUGUACUCGCCCAUGGAGGGGCUGGAGAGGAACCGGGUCGGCUUCCAGCCGGAGGGAGAGGAGGGCUCCUCCCGCGGCGCCAUAGGUCAACUCCACCGCAUGGCCGCCGCCGCCUACAAGGGCUGCGGCCGGCGGGACGGGGGCGGCCACGAGCGCCCGGCCUCCCCGCACAAAGACAGGAAGCGAGCGCGCGCGCCCUCGCACGAGGACGUCGAGAUGGGGGGCAGCGGCUCGAGCGGCAGCGGGACCGAGUCGCACGGCAAGGACUCCGCCCUCACGGAGUCCUCGGGCAGCAACCAGAGCUCAAACUCUCACAGUCUGUCGCCGCCCAGCAGCUCCAACGCCUUCAGUCUGGUGAGCUCCGAGCAGGACAACCCUUCGACCAGCGGCUGCAGCAGCGAACAGUCCGCCAAAGCCAAGACUCAGAAGGAGCUCUUCAAGACCCUCAAGGAGCUGAAGAUGCACCUGCCGUCGGAAAAGCGAAGCAAGGGCAAGCCGAGCACAGUCAACUCGCUGAAAUACGCGCUGCGCUGCGUCAAACAGGUGAAAGCAAAUGAAGAAUACUAUCAGAUGCUGAUGACGAAGGACAGCCAGCCGCCGGGGUUCGAUGUCUCGUCCUACACCAUCGAGGAGAUCAACAGCAUCACCUCCGAGUACACCCUGAAAAACAAUGAUAUUUUCGCCGUAGCCGUCUCGCUCAUCACGGGCAAAAUAGUUUACAUCUCGGACCAGGCGGCGUCCAUCUUGAACUGCAAGCGCGAAGUGUUUAACAACGCCAAGUUCGUGGAGUUCCUGGCGCCGCAGGACGUCAGCGUGUUCUACAGCUUCACCACGCCCGACCGCCUGCCCUCGUGGAGCAUGUGCACCGGAGCAGACUCGUCUCCCAUGGAGUGCAUGCAGGAGAAAUCCUUCUUUUGCCGUAUCAGUGGUAAGGCGCGUGAAGGAGAUCUGCAGUACUAUCCUUUCCGCAUGACUCCCUACCGGAUGAAAGUCCAGGAUGCCGAGCUGGGCGAGGAGCAGUUCUGCUGCCUCCUGCUGGCCGAGAGGGUGCACUCCGGUUACGAAGCACCCAGAAUCCCCGCUGACAAGCGCGUCUUCACCACCACACACACACCUAACUGUGUGUUCCAGGAUGUGGAUGAGAGGGCCGUUCCUCUGUUGGGUUACCUCCCUCAGGACCUGAUCGGGACCCCCGUGCUGCUCAAUCUGCACCCGAGUGACCGGCACUUGAUGCUGGCCGUGCAUCGGAAAAUUCUGCAGUCUGCCGGCCAGCCGUCCGACCGCUCCUCGAUCCGCUUCUGUGCGCGAAACGGCGAGUACGUCACCAUCGACACCAGCUGGUCCAGCUUCGUCAACCCCUGGAGUCGCAAGGUCUCCUUUGUCAUCGGCAGGCACAAAGUACGCAUGGGUCCUGUGAAUGAAGACGUGUUUGCAGCACCGGCUUUUCACGGAGGCAAGAACAUAGACUCGGACAUCCAAAUUAGUGAACAGAUCCACAAGCUGCUGCUCCAGCCGGUCCACAACAUGGGCUCCAGCGGCUACGGCAGCAACGGUUCCCACGAGCAGCUGCUGAGCAUCGGCUCGUCCAGCGAGAGCAACGGGAACGCGGCGGAGGAGGCGAACAAGGCCACGCCUCCCAGGACGUUCCGGGAGAUCUGUAAAGGGGUCCACAUGCUGAAGAACCAGGACUCCCAGGUCGACCUGCUCUCCCCACCUCCUUCGCCCUCGUGGUCGACGUCCAAGCCGGAGCAGAAGAAGACCGCUGACGCCUCUCGGAAGAGUCCAGCGAUGCGUCUGAAAGACUCGCCGCCCCCUCUGCAGGUCAGAGACGGUACUGCAGCCAGCGUGGAGGACUUGACAUGGAACGACCUCUGCUCCUACCAGCAGAUCAGCUGCCUCGACAGUGUCAUCAGGUACCUGGAGAGUUGCAACGUCCCCAUCACAGCGAAGAGGAAGUACCAGUUCUCCACCAACGCCACCUCCUCCAACUCGGAUGACGACAAGAAGGGCUCAGAGGAUUGCAUGCAGGUGUCUCGGGACAUCAACCAAGACGCCACGCCCGGCCCGUCAAACAUGAAGGCACUUAAGAAGCCGCUCACCCUGCUCAACAAGGCCGAGAGAGUGGUGUCCAUCACCUCACAGUGCAGCUACAGCAGGACCAUCGUCCACGUUGGAGACAAGAAGCCUCAGCCGGAGUCCGAGAUUAUCGAGGAUGUGGCAGAGAGAGUGGCGCCCCCGGCCCUGCACGCCAGCGUGGUGUCCCCGCCCAGUCAGGAGGAGGAGGCCUACAAGCGUCUGGGUCUGACCAAGCAGGUGCUGGCUGCGCACACCCAGAAAGAAGAGCAGGCUUAUCUCCACCGCUGCCGAGAGCUCCACAACGCCCGGACCGUCCAGAUGGACAGCUUCACGUACCUGUACGAGCAGAGAGGUCCAGCUAACGCUGAAGACUCCGCUGCACGACGAGGUGGAACCAAACAUGGCCCCACCAGGCCUGAGCCGACUGCCAAGAGAUGCAACCGCAACAGGAAGUCCAAGAAGCCGAGGAUGAAGCAUCAGGAUUCGUCGGACAGCGGCGUAUCAAACCGCAAACGCCGGCCCCCGCUCCAGAGUCUCAACCAAACCUCAUGGUCCGUGUCGGAAGUGUCCGAGUCGGCCUUUAAUGUCUCCUACCCGGCCAUGGUGCCCGCCUACCCGCUCUAUCCCACCGCACCUGCAGCCUCAGCUCAGGCCCCUUCCCUGUCCGCAGGCUUUGGAGAGGGACAGAGCACCCGAUCCCUAUCGACCAACGCUCCGUUUGGUGCCCCCAUUGUUACACCUGUGGUGGCUCUGGUGCUACCCAAUUACCUCUUCCCCCAAGUCGGGCAGUUGGGUCAGAACGGGCAGCUAGCGGCUGCUCCUAGACCGGCGUUUUUCCCUGAGCAGACCCAGACGCAGUCUGCGUACGCAACCCCACAGCCAGCCUUCGCCAUGCAAACACAGACACCCUACAUCGGCCAACCGCCGUUCCCCGUGCAGACUGCCUUUACCCCCCAGGUGCCCUUCACUGCCCCGCAGCCUUUCCAAGCCACACAGACCCCCUUCACCACAGUGCCACCUUUCCAAACCACUCAGACCCCCUUCACCACAGUGCCACCAUUCCAAACCACUCAGACCACCUUCACCACAGUGCCACCUUUCCAAACCACUAAGACCACCUUCACCACAGUGCCACCUUUCCAAACCACUCAGACCACCUUCACCACAGUGCCACCUUUCCAAACCACUCAGACCACCUUCACCACAGUGCCACCAUUCCAAACCACCCAGACUCCCUUCACUACUGCGCGGCCUUUCCAUGCCCCUCAGACUGCCUACACUCGGACUGCCUACACUACCCAGCGGCAUUUCGCGGCGCAGCUUCCUUUCCCGGUACGGACUCAGUUUGGGACUCGACCCCUGUAUCCAGCUCAGCCGUUCCCCUACAGCCUCGCCCCCGAGCCACCCAAAUCCACGGCCACGGAGAUCCGAGAGGGGCCGUCGUCACGCCCCUCCACACCGGCCUCCGGAGUGCGGGAGCCCACCGCGUCGCCGCCGCCGUUUGAGUCGCGGUGCAGCUCGCCCCUGCAGCUCAAUCUGCUGAGCAUGGAGGAUAGCACCGCGUCGCUUGCAGGUCGCUCAGCCAGAGAAUUGAGGGCAGCCGGGGAGAAGAUCGCGAAACGCCAACAGGUGGAGCCUGCAGGAGAUGGGGCUCACAGUAACUCCUCGUCCUGCGACUUGUUGGGCCUCAUGCUGCAGGAAGAUUCUCACUCCGGGACCGGAUCAGCCACUUCCGGUUCCACAGGCUCCGGGUCGGGCUCCGGGUUGGGCUCCGGGUCAGGCUUAGGCUGCAACGGCAGUGGUACAUCAGCUAGUGGAGCUUCUGGCUGCCGAAUAGACAAGGAGAGGCUGAGGCAGAUGCAGAAGAGCCAGCCACACUUCAGCGGCGAGAGCUCGUGGAGGAGCACCCUUGGAUGAGGAGGGGGGGUCUGCCUGUUGCCGUCAAUGUGAAGGAGUGUGUGUACUGUGAAGACACAGUGGCGGCGCCCAUCGAAGAGAACCUGUCGCACAUGGAAAUGAGCGGGCUCAGCGGAGAGGGCCA